AUGCAGGCCUUGGGCUGCUUUCUCCUUCUCUCCCUCUCCCUCUCCCUCUCUUCCCUUUCCAUCUCCUUGGCCUUGUCCAAUGCCGAGGCCACCUUCAUCGUCCGUCGCCAGCUCUUGACGCAUCCGGAGAACGAUGAUCUUCCCCAUGACUUCGAAUACGAGCUCGACUUGGUUGAGACUCCUGCCAACUUGAGGCUUCGAAAGGCCUACAUUGCCCUCCAGGCACUCAAAAAGGCCAUAUAUUCUGAUCCCUAUAACACAACCGGCAAUUGGGUUGGUGCCAAUGUGUGUGAGUACAAUGGUGUCUUCUGCGCCGCGGCUCUAGAUGACCCCAAAUUGAGCGUGGUCGCCGGUGUCGACCUCAACCAUGCCGACAUCGCCGGGUACCUCCCGGUUGAGCUCGGGCUCUUGGCGGAUAUGGCUCUCUUCCAUAUUAACUCAAACAGGUUCUGUGGGAUUAUCCCCAAUACCUUCUCCAGGCUGAAACUGCUCCACGAGCUUGAUGUGAGCAACAACCGCUUCGUUGGUCCUUUCCCCAAGGUCGUUCUCUCCAUCCCAUCGCUCAAAUACCUUGACAUCAGAUUCAAUGAUUUCGAAGGUAAAUUGCCGUCGGAGCUUUUCGAGAAGGAUUUGGAUGCUCUGUUUCUCAACCACAAUCGCUUCACUUCCACCAUUCCUGAAAGCUUGGGAAAUUCCCCUGUUUCGGUUCUAGUUCUCGCCAACAACAAGUUCACCGGCUGCAUCCCAAGCAGCAUUGGCAAGAUGAACAACACGUUGAACGAGAUCGUCUUCUUGAACAACCACCUUCACGGGUGCUUGCCACCGGAAAUUGGGUCGCUCGGGAACGUGACGGUGUUUGACGGCAGCGGGAACUCCUUCUCCGGUGUAUUGCCGAAUAGCUUCUUCGGGUUGGAGAAGUUGGAGCACUUGAAUUUGGCGCACAAUGUGUUGACCGGGUUCGUGCCGGAGAAGAUUUGCAAGUUGCCGACCUUGUUGAACUUCACGUUUUCGAAGAAUUAUUUCAGGGGAGAGGCUUCCGCCUGCGUGCCGGAGUCGAAGAAAGACACUAUUGUGUUGGAUGAUGCCGGGAACUGCUUGCCGGAUCGCCCCAAGCAGAAGUCGACGAAGUCGUGCUUGCCGGUGGUGAGUCGGCCGGUGGAUUGCAGCAAGGCCAAGUGCGGAGGCAGCCAUGGCCACUUUUCUUCUCCCAAGCCGAAACCGCCACCCACUCCUUCGCCGAAGCUAAAACCAUCUCCGGUCCCUUCGACCCCGGCGACUCCACCACCUUCGCCGAAGCCGAAACCAUCUCCGGUGCCAGUUCCAGCCCCGCCCAAGGCUCCAACACCAUCUCCCCCGCCGGUCCCUUGUCCUCCACAAUCUUCAAAGCCAUCUCCCUCACCAGUUUCUAAUACUCCGAGGCCUUCAAAGCCGUCACCGGCGCCCGAAGACGACCCGUUUAAAAACUCUCCCGUUGAAAGGUUUCGCUCACCUCCUCCGCCGGUUAAGACCGUUCCGCCGUCACCAAAACCAGCCAAGUCACCACCAUCAUCAGUUUCCCCACCUCCUGUGGUGCAUUCACCUCCACCACCAGUUCAAUCGCCACCACCCCCACCACCAGUUCACUCUCCCCCACCACCAAUCCGCUCUCCUCCACCACCCGUCCACUCUCCUCCACCACCCGUCCGUUCUCCGCCGCCACCGGUGAACUCCCCCCCGCCGCCGGUCCGCUCUCCCCCACCACCAGUCCACUCUCCACCUCCACCGAAGCAGUCACCACCCCCACCUCCACAGGUCCGUUCCCCCCCACCACCGGUCCACUCCCCUCCGCCGCCAACUGCCUCUCCCCCACCACCGGUCCACUCCCCUCCGCCACCAGUUCACUCCCCUCCACCACCAGUCCACUCACCUCCACCCCCAAUCCACUCCCCUCCUCCGCCGGUCCACUCUCCUUCACCACCAAUUCGCUCCCCCCCGCCACCACUCGUUUCCUCUCCACCACCGGUUUUCUCACCACCACCACCGCCCGCCCAAUCACUACCACCCCCACCAGUUCGCUCCCCUCCACCACCAGGCCACUCACCUCCACCCCCAGUCCACUCCCCUCCUCCGCCGGUCCACUCACCUCCUCCACCCCCAAUCCACUCCCCUCCUCCGCCGGUCCGCUCUCCUCCACCACCAAUUCGCUCCCCACCGCCACCACCCGUUUCCUCUCCUCCACCACCGGUUUUCUCACCACUACCACCGCCCGCCCAAUCCCUGCCACCUCCACCAUCUCAAUCUUCUCCUCCUCCUCCUCCUACUGCCUCUUCCCCACCACCGAGCUACGACGACAACAUCAUCCUCCCGCCAAACUUCGGAUCGGAGUACUCGUCGCCGCCUCCGCCAACAUUCCCAGGCUAUUGAGUAGUACUGCAUCAUCAACAUCUUUUUCCUACUUAAUUUUCAUUCUCAUUUGCAGAUUCACAAAGCUGCACACUGACUCAACAAUCUUUCGGCAGAGCUAGCUCCCAGCCUCCUCAUGAUAAAUUUGCACAUUUUCUUUCUUUACUGUAAAUUAAGGAAAGAGAUAACACAGGGGAAAUGGUUUGAUUCAGA